AUGCCAACAGCAGCGGCAAAGUGCCGUAGUCGCUUCACAAGGCUUGUGAAGAAGGUGGUAGACAAGGACUUCGAGCGGCAACGCUCCGCCUUCGAGCAGCAGCGGUGGCAGUACCAGUGGCCUUUCUUUGACUUCGAUGGCGCUUGGCUUUGCGCCGCCGCCACCACCGCCACCAAGUCGAUGGCCACCGAUGACGCUCACGAGUCCAGCUCCUUAUGGCCUGAACAGCGUGGGUACAACGGCCCAGCUUCUCGAAGCGGUCCGUACCCUUGA